CAAUGUCAUUACGAUUUCAUUCGAUGACGCAUAAGUGAAUAAGUGAAACAAUAUUUUUAUGUGAUUGCAACGCAUAGUUCGUUUAUUUAACUUAAUUAGAAUUAUUUUUCAAGUAAUUAUAUUCACAUCUGAGGGAAAAAAUGAGUUUCCUGGGUAAAAUAUUUGGCGGUAAAAAAGAAGAGAAGGGUCCAACUACGCACGAAGCUAUACAAAAGUUACGUGAAACUGAAGAAUUGUUAGUGAAAAAACAAGAGUUUCUAGAGCGGAAGAUCGAAACUGAGAUCCAAACAGCUAGAAAACAUGCCGCAAAGAACAAAAGAGCUGCAAUGGCUGCACUCAAGCGUAAGAAGAGGUACCAGACACAGCUCACUCAGAUUGAUGGUACAUUAACACAAAUAGAAGCACAGAGAGAGGCAUUGGAGGGUGCCAACACUAAUGCACAGGUCCUCACAACUAUGAGAGAUGCUGCCUUAGCCAUGCAAUUAGCUCACAAGGAUAUUGAUGUUGAGAAGGUUCACGAAAUAAUGGACGAUAUAGCAGAGCAACAUGAAAUUUCCCGAGAGAUUACUGAUGCCAUCAGCAAUAAUGUUGCCUUCUCCAAUGAUGUUGAUGAAGAUGAACUGGAGAGGGAAUUGGAGGAGCUUGAACAGGAGGACUUGGACAAGGAAAUGAUCGGUAUCAAUGUUCCCACGGAUAAGUUGCCUGAUGUUCCAGCUGCCGAACUUGUUCAUGACAAACCCAAACCUAGCAAGUCUAAGAAAGAAGAGGAUGAUGAGGAAUUCAAAAUGCUUCAAUCCUGGGCCACAUAAGUUCGGUGUUAGCUUCAACCAUCGAUUCGCUCCUGCGUAUAAGUUGUACGUUGUGAUAUUUUUAACACUAAAGCGCAUAGUUGUAUUUAUUUCACUUCAACAUGUCUAAUUUCUCAAUAUGAGCGAGCGGGAGAGCAACAGUUUCCGAAUAAUUAAGCGCUAAUUUCAGAUUGUGUUUGAAGAGUCGUCAGGUUUUUAUAGUGAUAGUAUUUUGACGUCAUCUCGAAUUGAAUUUUGGCCUUUACGUAGACAACCUAAAGUUCUUUUUAUCUAUAACAGCUGUUCUCAAUAGCCUUUCUUCUUAAAAGAUAAGCCUACUAAAAGUUGUUAAGAUGAAUUUUGCAAUAAUAAAUUGUGUUAUGCAAUAAUAGUAGUAGAAAUAAAAAUGCUUUUUCAGUAUAGCAUUGUGAUUUGUAUCAAAUAUAAUAAUUAAAAUUUGAUAA